GGACUCAAACCGGAACAACGUCUUUAAAAUGAAAUGUAGUUGGAACUAAAUGACUGUUGAGCCUAUUUGAAACCUGCUUUUGCAAUAAAGUAGGCUAUUCACAGUUACUAUCAUCUCAUUGAGGCGUAUUCUACCGUAAUAUAUGUACUCGAGAUUUCUUAUCACAGAUUAUCGGACGCAAACAGAAAAUCGCUUAGCACAGGAAGUCGUUGAAUAUCGCUCGCCAAAACAGACAUUACAGAAACUGUUCAUCAACGGUUCAGUUAACUUCAGUCGCCGUCAGCAGGUUCAUGAGGUGCUGUCCCAGACAUCUACCCUGAUCUGACUCUCCAUCGUCACAUCUACUGACCUACUGAUCUGACAGCAUGGUUAACACAGACUCUGUCAGUGUCCGGGUCUUCUCUCUGAACUGCUGGGGCAUACACUACCUCAGCAAACACUGUUCUGAGCGCUAUGCCAUGAUUGGAGAUGCAUUGUCCAAGGAAGAGCAUGAUAUUGUCUUACUGCAAGAGGUGUGGAGUGAGAAAGACUACCAUUCCUUAAAAAAGAAACUUGCCUGCACUCAUCCUCACUCUCAUUACUUUAAAAGUGGAGUCAUAGGGAGUGGAAUGGCCAUUUUCUCCAAGCACAGAAUCCAUGACACGUUUCUUUAUCGCUACUCACUGAAUGGUUAUCCUUACAUGGCUCACCAUGGAGAUUGGUUCGGAGGCAAGGCUGUUGGGAUGGCCGUCUUAAACAUUGGCAGCCUGGUUGCAAACGUCUAUGUCACUCAUCUGCAUGCGGAGUACUGCAGAGAGAAGGACUCUUAUCUACCUCACCGAGUGGUUCAGGCCUGGGAGCUGCAGCAGUUCGUUCGCCACACCUCUGCUGGAGCAGAUGUGGUGAUUUUAGGUGGUGACCUCAACAUGCACCCUCAGGAUCUUGGUAACAGGCUACUAAGGUCUUACACUGGACUCCGAGAUGCCUAUUUAGAGACUGAUGUGUUUGAUGGCUGUGAGAAUGGUAUUACUUUAAUUGCUGAAAACCCUUUUAUUAAUAAAAGGGAACUUGUCCCCUUUGAGCAGGGAAUCCGAAUUGACUACAUCUUGUUCAAGGGUUCUUCCAAAACUAAGAUUUACUGUGAUUCCAUGUCCACCACCAAAGGGUCUGUCCCUGACCAUCCUUUCCCAUACUCCGACCAUGAGGCUCUGACUGCUGUACUUAGGCUGGAGCCACACACUCCAAACGAGACUGGAAGGGGUAUGCAGUCAAAAGAUCAGGACUCUGCUGCAGAGAAGAAGUUGGCCGAGCUGGUCGACAUUGUGACAGAGGCCCGCACUGAAGUCAAAGUGGGCCUGCACUGCGCUGAGAGGAUGCGCUACACAGUAGCACGCAGUGGACUGAUGGGGUUGGCUUUGCUGGUCCUGGAGCUGGCCAUUGCGGCUGUGCCGUGGUUGGCGCUGGGCGAAGAGCAACCUUUCCCCCGUGUGUCCUUCUACCUGCUGGCUGCACUAUGCUUCGCCAUCCUGCUGACCGCUAUUCUGCUGUACAUCUUCUACACCAUGGAGCUGAAAUCUCUUCAGGGGGCUGAAGACCAGAUGAGGCUAGCUGUAGGAGGUCUGCAAGAGAAGCUUAGGGGCUUUCCUGUAGCUCAGCCUCACAACACCCAGUGCAGGCCACCUGAGGGUCAGGAUCCCAGUGCUGUUGACCCAGUGGAAUAAUGAGGGAGGCAACUGGGUCAGAGUGGGUUCAGUGAAAAGCUCUAGAAAUGAGCUCUAAGGUGGAUUUUUAAUGGAGUUGCCACUCCUCUGAAUGUGUUUUCUGUUCUAGAGAUUUGUACUGAUUAAGGAUCUAAACUGUAAUUGAAGAAGGGUCCACAUAGUAUCGCAGGUCACAAUCAUGCUUUGACAUUUUUAUGCUUUUUAGAGACUUGACCCCUUUUUUUUAAUGCACACUCUGUACCUCCACAAAUAUGCUUCCUAGUACAUAGUCAGUGCUACUGCUGUAAAGGUCAUAAAUGUGGCCAUUUGUGUUUCUUAAGCCCCACGUCCAACUUGCAUUCCACUCACCCAUCAGGACCAGUUUGUUUUUUGAUUUGAUGCUUCUCCUUCGUGAUUUGGAGAGUCCGCCACACAGUCGUAGUGGGCCCAGACAGAUUGCUGAUUUACUUGAUGUGCGCAAAUACUAACAGAACUUAACAAACACUGAAGGUUAUAGGUUUACAUUUAAAUGAAAAGUGUUGUUUUUCAGAUCACUGAGAGUUUCCAACUGCACAUAAAGACGAGGAUCCUCAUGCACCAGCUUAAUAUGCUGUAGUAAAAGGGACAAAGUACAGUUCCUGCAUUUGUCAAGUUCACUCUCAUGUGCUGUAAACUGUCUUUAUAUUGGAGGUAAUCUACACUCCUCUUUCCCAAAGUAUAGGAGU